CGUCAUUAGACGGCACCGGAAGCGCCAGGCGGGGGACAGAGACGCCGUGGCGGGAUCCUUGGGAGUAUAGACGUACCCAGAGCUGAGAAUUUGUCCUCUUCCCGUCUAUUUCCAUGACUAUUCUCUUCUCAUGAAGACAUGACGACUCAGUACAGUAUUCUCUUCAAGCAAGAACAAGCACACGAUGAUGCCAUUUGGUCCGUUGCUUGGGGGAGAAACCGGAAUGACGGGACGGAGACGGUUAUUUCUGGAUCUCUGGAUGACCUCGUGAAAGUCUGGAAAUGUCUCAUUUCAGGCCACGCUAUGCCAAUCCGCUCCUUAACGUUUUCCCCCGACUCUCAGUUGCUGGUCACGGCGUCAGACGACGGCUACAUCAAGAUUUAUGAUGUGCAACACGCAAACCUGGCAGGUACGUUGAGCGGCCAUGCAUCCUGGGUAUUAAAUGUUGCAUUUUGUCCUGACAACAGCCACUUCGUUUCCAGUUCCUCAGACAAAACCGUCAAAGUGUGGGACGUGCCUUCAAGAACCUGUGUCCAUACCUUCUUUGAUCAUCAAGACCAGGUCUGGGGAGUGCAAUACAAUGGGAACGGCUCCAAAAUCGUCUCGGUGGGCGACGACCAAGAAAUCCAUAUUUACGACUGUCCCGUUUAAUCGUCCCCUCCGUCGUUGUGGUUUGAAGGCUGUGUAUGUAGUUCAUAAGUGUCUAUUUUCAUAAUGCAACUUUAUUUUAGAUUUUAAGAAGUCAAAUUGUAAUUGGGAAUUUUGCAGUCUCAUUUUUAAAACCAAAUGCUUAUCGUAUUAAGAUGCAGUUGAUUUUUCACCCCAAUUAAAAAUGAAAUAAUGUUUCAAAAAUAA